UCCGCUCUCCUAAAUUGACCAAUCAAACUCCAAACUCUUCCUUCACCACUACGAUAUCACCAUAUGACACAAUCAACUCGUACCAGCCUAUUCAUUCAUAGAACAGCUGCCCCAGAAAGUUCAAACAAAUGAACUUUAUGGGGGGGGGUGGGGAAAUAUGAAAUCAAGAACACAUAGAUUCAUUCACACCGAACCCUGAUCCUCAGAUCAACCAAAACAAUCCCCACCCACCUGCUUCUCUUGUCCUAAAUCUCUCUGUUUGAAGCACAUAAACCUGUCCUGAUAGACGCAUAUACCAUUAAUAGCAAAUUCUUGAUAAUAAUAUGAUGCAGCUCAAGCCCCUUACCCUUUCUCUUCCACCACAGCCACCGCCGGGUCUGAGAUGGUUCCCCAGCCUCGCCGGUCCAGAAAAGACCCUCAAAUUCCAUCAAUUUCUGGUUCUCCUCCUCACUUUCAUUGCCUACGCUGCGUUCCACGCUUCCCGUAAACCCCCGAGCAUAGUUAAAUCCAUUCUUACAGUGUCGGAUUCUGAUCAAUACCCGUCUCAAUUUACGGGAAGCUCAGUUCAUAAUAAAACUGGGUGGGCCCCCUUCGACGGGCCCCGUGGCCCCCACCGUCUCGGGGAGCUUGAUCUCUCCUUCCUAUUGGCUUACGCCAUUGGCAUGUAUGUCUCGGGCCACAUUGGUGAUACAGUUGAUUUAAGAAUUUUCUUGACUAUUGGGAUGGUGGGGAGUGGCAUUUUUGUGAUACUCUUUGGGUUGGGGUAUUUUCUCGAUUUGCAUUCUUUAGGUGUUUUUGUGGUCAUACAGGUGUUGUGUGGGUUGUUUCAGUCUAUUGGGUGGCCUAGCGUGGUGGCGGUUGUUGGGAACUGGUUUGGGAAGGCAAAGAGAGGGUUGAUCAUGGGGGUAUGGAAUUCACAUACAUCAAUAGGUAACAUUGUUGGGUCUUUAGUAGCUUCUUCUGUUUUGCGUUAUGGAUGGGGUUGGUCGUUUGUUCUGCCGGGCAUUCUUAUCAUGCUGUCGGCAGCUUUUGUUUACUUAUUUCUUGUUGUGCAUCCUGAAAAUAUUGGACUUGAGUCAUCUGGAAAGGAUGUUGAGAUGAGUGUUGAAGGAGUAGCAUUGGUUGAUUCUGAGAAAAUUGAGACUCUAGAUGGGGGGGUGAGGGAAUCUGAGGACGAGGAGGGUUCAGUUGCCAUAGGUUUCUUGGAUGCAUGGAGGUUGCCACAUGUGGCGUCAUAUGCCUUCUGCUUGUUCUUCUCUAAGCUUGUGGCAUACACAUUUUUGUAUUGGUUGCCCUUUUACAUUAGCCACACAGCUGUUGCCGGAGCAAAUGUAUCCCAUACAACUGCUGGGAUACUCUCAACAAUUUUUGACAUUGGAGGAGUAAUUGGUGGAAUUUUAGCAGGUUUUAUGUCUGAUAUGAUUGAGGCUCGUGCGGUUACUUCAGUUAUAUUUUUGUUGCUAUCUAUUCCUACCCUUAUUUUUUAUCGCGUUUAUGGAAGUAUAUCAAUGCUGACAAACACGGUGCUAAUGUUUGCAUCUGGUUUACUUGUAAAUGGACCUUAUGCACUAAUAACAACAGCAGUUGCUGCUGAUCUCGGAACCGAUAGCGUGACAAGAGGGAACGCCCGUGCUUUAGCUACUGUUACAGCAAUUAUAGACGGUACUGGCUCUGUAGGUGCUGCUCUUGGGCCUCUUCUGGCUGGAUAUAUUUCAACUAGAGGAUGGAACAGUGUUUUCUUUAUGCUUAUUGUUUCAACAUCAAUAGCUGGCUGUUUGUUGAUUCGUGUUGUCAAAAAUGAAAUUAGAGGAAAGCUGAAUGAGGGUAAAUGGCUUUGGUUCAGUAUAAUUUCUCAUUGACAUGGACCUCAUAUAGGCAUCCUUGGCAGUUAUAUUCUUAUCCCCACACAAGACAAUAUCCCCACAUAAGAUUUUGACUGAGAGCCAUUGAAGAUAUACUCAGGUGCAUUUUUAUUAAGCAUCUAUAUGUACAGCAAAACUGUUGUGUAGCUGCUUUCCACGCAUGAGGACUUAUGAUUAUUACUAGGAAAUGCUCUUUCUACAAGCACGCAGUGAAUUUGGCAUUCCUUGAUUAGGAGAUUUUCUUAUUAGGAAACGCUCUUUCUACAAGCACACAGUGAAUUUGGAAAUUUCUUGAUUAGGAGAUUCAAGUGUU